GUCCAAAGCAUCGGAAAUUGCUCUACCAAGCUUUUUGGCUCACAACAAACGUAGAGGGAAAAUUCAUGGCCAAAUAUGUGACACAAAUUUUAUGUAAGUUUCUUUGAGAAUUCAACAACACCACGAAUCCUUCUUUCCCACCACAUCAUUUAGUCUUCUCCUACUUCCACAAAACCAGAAUUUCUUCCCACAACCACUAUUGAGUACCUCCAAUUUUUUUAUAUCUUGCUCUUUCCCACUGAACAAUUUGACUCUUCUUCAUUCUUCAACACUUCCAAUGUAUUCCUUACCCCAACACAAGCAUACACCAAACUUGCACCUUAAAGUUUGCAAGAAUAACUCACCAUUUCACCCAUUUCGGGUGUAUUGUUCCGCCACUUCUACCCCCAAAUCCAAUGUCAAGCCAUUGGUCAUUGAGCCUAGACUCGUGCCUGUGGUACCAAGGGUCAUCACCACCAUCGAUGAACAUCGUCCAAUGAACAAUGACACUGGUUUGCAAUCAACAUGGUCUCAUAGAGCAUGGGUGACAAUUGGGUGCACAACUUUGCUCAUUUCCUUGGGAGAGUCUAUAAAGGGUGCAAUGGAUUCGAACAUGUGGGUUGAACCGAUUAUAGCAAGUUGGGUUGGUUACAUUUUAGCUGAUCUUGGAUCUGGGGUUUACCAUUGGGCUAUUGACAAUUAUGGUGAUGGCUCCACCCCAGUUGUUGGAGCUCAAAUUGAAGCCUUUCAAGGUCAUCACAAGUGGCCUUGGACUAUUACCAGACGUGAAUUUGCUAACAAUUUGCAUGCUUUGGCACGUGCAGUGACCUUCGCUGUGCUUCCUAUAGCUAUAUUUUGUCAUGACCCCGUUGUUCAAGGAUUUGUUGGAGUGUGCUCAGGCUGCAUCAUGUUCAGCCAACAGUUUCAUGCGUGGGCACAUGGCACGAAGAGCCGGCUUCCGCCACUCGUGGUGGCGCUGCAAGAGGCCGGCGUGCUCGUGUCACGGUCCCAGCAUGGUGCACACCACCGGCCACCGUAUAACAACAACUACUGUAUAGUGAGUGGAGUGUGGAAUGAGUUUUUGGACAAGCAUAAGGUGUUUGAAGCCAUGGAAAUGGUAUUGUAUUUUAAAACUGGGGUUAGGCCUAGGUCAUGGACUGAACCUGCCCCGGAGUGGAUUGAGGAGAUUCAGACCUCUUCUCAAAUUCAAACCCAAUGAUGUUUAUUCUCUUCUCCAUUAAUUUCUAAAUGAUUUAUUGUACACAUGUGUCUGAAUGUGUAGCUUUUGGCUCGUGUAAUUUACACUAUAUUUGAAAGGUUAAAUAUAUGAAACAAGGGGAUGUUUAUGUUGUU